GCAGGCGAGACCAUCGCGGACAACUUGAGAGACAAUUUUCUUUUGUAACUUCUUCCCGCUUCCUUCCUUCCUCAACCUGUAUGACUGCGUGAAGACUAAAGCGACUCAGUUAUGGAGAGCUCCACUGAGACUUCCCAGACUAGAGGUGCCACAAAACCCAAGCCGACUCCAGCCCCCAAACCUCGGCUCACUCCCAAGCCCUUCUCUCUUCAGAAGAACACCACCUUUCGCUCCAUCCAUGCUCCAAAGACGGUCACCACAACGUCUAAGUCAACAACAAACCAGACUGGAAAAUCUGAAGCCACAGUUGUCCCCAAACUGACUCUGACUGCCCAUGCUCAGAAACUUCCUCAGCAAACCACCACCUCUGAGUCCAAACCCAGCUCUGUAAGUGUGCAUAUCAAAGAUAAACCAACAACUACCAAAGAAAGUAAAGCAAUUCCAAAUGAAGAGGAUAGUCUCGAUUCUACUGUAGCUCCAGGAAAAUCUGAUCUUGCUUCACAAACUGCCCCAGCCACAGAGACACCCAUAUCCGAGCCAUUCCAAAAAGACGAUGUCAUCCAAACAAACCACAAAGCAUCCACGGAUUUUGUAACUAACUCAGAAGAGAAAGACAGAAAAAGGAAAGAAGAUGAAGCUCAGACUUCUGUCGUCCAAAAGCCUGAAGAAUCAGGGAGCGACGAUUCUUUUACAGCCAAUCCAACAAAUGGAUUGGGCGGCACCAGGAAGUGUCUGUCCACGGAGGUCACCUCAAAGUGUGAGCCUGGUGGUCUGUCCCUGCCUCCCAAGCCCACCAUAACUCUAUCUACAAGCAGCACCAAAGAUGAUUUAAACAAGCCAGUGUCCUCAGAUCCAAAGCAGAGCCAGACAACAAUAGAACCGUCAAACAGAGAGACUGAUGAAGAGGGACUGAAGGAGGAUUAUAGCGGAGGGGGAAGUAUUAAACGCAGAAUCAGUCUUCUGUUUGAUUCCUCGUUGAGGCCAGAGGUCAUGACGAAGCGAGAGGAGCCAGAGAUUAUAAAUAGUACACGAGGUGUAAAGGAGCGAAUUAAACACUGGGCAGCGGAAACAAGUUCUGAGGGUCCGAAGACUGAGAAGAAGCCUCAGGUUGCACCCCGACCUCGAUCUAGGAGCUUUGAGCCUGCGACUGCUCCAAUAGCUGAAAAAAUGCCAAAAACACCACAUUUUGAACCACCUGGAACCGGAAAGUCGUCUACACAGGCUAUGGAUCCCCGUUCAAAGGUCUCCGCAGCUGAAAUCCCCUCGGAGUCCCCAGUGGAACCAUCCAAAGACGUUCCUACAGAAAAGAAGUCUUCGAAGAGCUCAACAGAGACAACGGUAGAGGACGAGCCGAACAAAUCAACAGAGGGUGAGGUUCGACUACGCAAUCGCAGACCAUGUACAACCCAAACUGCCAACGAUGAGGGAGACUCAGCUUCAAGUGAAAGUGCCCAGCGCGCUCCAAAGAGAGACAGUUUUAAACGUCGCUCUGUGCGCUUUGGUAUCGUGGAGAGGGAUGAUGGUGGGCCUCCAGAGAUCCUGGGCUCAGCUUCUGAAUCCAGUUCAGAAGAAGAAGAAGAAGGAGAGGCUCCUGAGGAUAAAGCUUUGGAGGAUACCCCUGUUUCUUUGUCUGUCCACAGACGAGUAGGAAUUCUUCAGAAGAAGGAGGAUGAGAUCCAAAAGCAAGAAGAGAAACAACUAACACAUCUGGAAUUUGAACAGAGACGGAGAGCAGAGGAGAACAAACCGGCAGGACAUAAGUUAGAAGAGGAGCGUAAAGGAGAAGAGAAAGAAAGGGAGAAAGAAAAUUUUAGGGAGAGGGAAGAGAUUAGGCUUAGGGAAGAGGAGAAACAGAGAGAGGAAGAAAGGGAAAGAGAGAGGUUGAAGGAGGAGGAAAUGGAGAGGAACAAAAAAGAGGAAUGGGAGAGAGAAAGGUUUAAAGAAGACGAAAGGGAAAGGAAAAGGCUGAGAGAAGAAGAAAUUGAAAGGGAAAGACAGAUGGAGGUGAUGUGGCAAAGACAGAGAGAGGAGGAAAGAGAGAGGGCGAAGCAGAAAGAAGAGAGACUAAAGCAAGAUCGGAAGGAGAGAGAAAAAGAAAGACUGAAUGAGGAGAACAGGAAAGAGGAGAGACUGAGGGAGGAAAAAGAAAGAAAGAGGCUUAGAGAAAAAGAGAUUGAAAGGGAAAGACAGAUGGAGGUGAUCUGGCAAAGACAGAGAGAGGAGGAAAGAGAGAGGGCGAAGCAGAAAGAAGAGAGACUAAAGCAAGAUCGGAAGGAGAAAGAAAAAGACAGACUGAAUGAGGAGAAGAUGAAAGAGGAGACACUGAGGGAGGAAAGAGAAAGAAAGAGGCUGAGAGAAGAAGAGAUUGAAAGGGAAAGACAGAUGGAGGUGAUGUGGCAAAGACAGAGAGAGGAGGAAAGAGAGAGGGCGAAGCAGAAAGAAGAGAGACUAAAGCAAGAUCAGAAGGAAAGAGAAAAAGACAGACUGAAUGAGGAGAACAGGAAAGAGGAGAGACUGAGGGAGGAAAAAGAAAGAAAGAGGCUGAGAGAAGAGGAGGAGAGAUUGAUUCAUGAACACGAGGAACACAGAUUGGAGGGGAAACUGAGAGACGAGGGAAUGAAAAAAGAGAAACAUAGAGAGGAGGAGUGGGAAAAAGAGUGGGUGAAAAAGACAGAAAGUUUGAUUAGCCAAGAAGAAGAGAGGGAGAGAGAAAAGGAGCUGGAGUUGCAGAGACAGGAGGAGGAGGAGAGAACAAAAAGGGAGCUUGAGAGGAAAAUGCAGCAAGAAAAAGAGGAAGAGAUGGAGAGAAUGAGGCAAAUAGAAAAACAGAGAGAGGAGGAGGAAAGGGAAGAGGAAAGGAAGAGACAGAUGGAGAAAGAAAGAGUGGAGGGGCUUGAGAGAAAGAUGCAAGAGGCAUUGGUAAGAAAGCAAGCAAAGGAACUGGAAGAAAAGCUAAGGAUGGAUGAAGAAAGAGAAAAAGACGAACUUGGGUUGACCAACAGGGAAGGAGAGAGUGCAGUGGCAGAGGCAGAGUCAAAUUUAAUCAGCUUUGACUCUGACGAUGAGCCUCAGAAGUCAGAAACACUGCAAUCCCCCUUAGCAAAAAUCCAUGGGCCCACAGAGACUCCAAUCGAAGUUGUUUAUGAUGACUUCUCUGUCAGAAAGCCUCUGAUCGAGAUUGAUUUUGAUGAUUUUUCAGUCAAACCAAAGAGGUGGGGCUCACAGGAGAAAGCAGAAACUAGUCCAGUUGUCCAGAGCUGGGCUACAAGUUCUGUGGAUAAAGAGGAUGUGGAGCUGCUGGUGCCCCUGAAUGUAUUCCCUCAGGAAAACAAAGCACCAGAGCAGGUGGCAAAACCAGACAGACCAGAGCCUACACCAGCCAAGGAAAGACCAGAGGAGGAGCAGCUCAUGGAGGAACAGGUUAACAGUUAUUGUAUAAACGGAGAAGACAAUGACACUGAUGCUUUGAUAGAGAGUGAGCCAGACCAGCAGAAUGGGAGCUGUGAACAGACAUCUGAAACUGACAGUCCAAAGCCCCUCCCCGACCAGGUUUCUGAAGUCACCUCUCAAGAUGUUGAUACCUGUGAUUUUCAGAGAGAGCCAGAGUUCCCUCCAUUCCCUGAGAGCUCCACUCCUCUCCUCGAUACCAGCAUGCAGAGAUCCAAGGCAGAUGUGGGUAAGAGGCGAAUUCGAACGCGUCCGUCACGCUCCCUCCAUGCAGGGUUGACUCAGAGGGAGAGCCCGGAUUGGAGGGCUCGUGACUCCACAGAUGAAAAGGAGGCAUCUUCCAAGCAAAGGGAGUCAGAUUCUGAGGAGGACCAGCCAAAACCGAAGAUAAUUUGUUCUCCUCCUCCCACCUCUCAAAGAGUCCCCAUGUUCCCUGGUCUGAGCCCUGCGGCCCUGAUUGCUCAACUAAAAAGGAGAACAGGUGGAGGCGGGGAAGAAACAGAAGAUGACAAGGGAAGAGAAGAGAAGGGAAGUCAACAUGAGGAAAUAGCCCCAUCACCGCUCUCCCGCUCUCCUCGCUCUGCCGCUCAUCUUGCGGGGGCUGCACGGGUGCUGCCACCCUUAGGCGGCACGGACACAGGUGCCAACUCUUCUCCUGCUUGGCUCAAAGAACUGAAGUCUAAGAAGCGUCUGAGUCAGCAUGACAGCGAGGCUUAGCCAGACACAGGAGACACUAUGCCAUUGCUGUUGAGCAAGAAUUAAUCCCAGUUGCUCCUGCUGCUGCUGACAGACACCUGGCCACGAUUGCUCUAUUUUGCACUUUGAGUGCCUUAUUAUGGACCUUUACUGGUAUAUGCAGAAGGGGAAUGUGCUGACUAUAGAGGCCAUCAAGAACUUUUCUUAUUGUAAAUGAAAUAAUGGUGCCAAGGCUAUGUGCCAAGACUGUGAUGUGUUAAUGCCAAGUACAUGUUUUAUCGACUGUUGUACAGAGACUCAAUGGAGGGUGAUUACCCCAAUAUAAUUUAGCGCAAAGCCAUAGACUGUCUUGUUGUUUGAAUGUCAUAGUCCAUCGUAAACUGACAGAGACUGAUGACACUAGGCUUUCAGCAGGGUGUCUCUCACACACACACACACAAACACACACACACACACACACACACACACACACACACACUGUAUAUACAAACAGUACCGAAUAUAAAAAAUGGAUGGCACUUUGUGUGUAUUUAGUUGAAAUUGUAUAAAAUGCCUUUUACAUUAUUUUACCAAUCACAGAUUGUCUCAAGUAAACCUACCUAGCACUUUAAGAAACAUUAUAACAGUUACCGUCCAUGCAGUACAUCUAAGCAAUAGAAUAAUUGAGUACAUAACUAUAGUAACAGGGUCAAAGGAGUUUUUUCUUUUUGUGAUACCAUGAAUGCCCGUCUUCUCUUUAAAUUAAGGCUCUACAAAAUGUAAAGAUGCAGUACCUGGUUUUAUUAAAACACCCGGGUAGCUGGUCAGAACAUCACAGUGAGCUGGGAGGAAAUCUUGGGCGUUCUAUAACAGAUUCAGGAGGUGUGUUUUGUGAAGUCAUUAACCCAGAAAAAUGCAUUUAUCUGCUUGAGAUUCUUUUUUAAGCGCCUGUUUAAUGUUAACAAUUGACUGUCAUCAAUGCUGUAAUCAUUUAUGAUCAACAUACUGUAUG